AUGAGUUGUGCGGUUGUGCCAUUUUGUCGUACUUUUUGUAGGUGACUUCAUGACGCGUAUUUGAAUGAUAGAGGACUUUAUUAUUAAUAUAUUUUUUUGGAUUCCCUAAUUAUUCAUCUAAUGAAGUAUCAAGAAAAGCAUAUUUUCAACGGGAAAUCGACAUUCAAUUCUCCAAAACGUUCGCGAAUUUCGAAUAGCCCGCUCGUAAAUCGUGUUAUGGCCGGGACCCUAGACUGUAGUAGCCCUAGACAGAGUAAAUCAAUCGACCAUUCUCCUGCAGGUAAUGGGGAUGUCCAGUGGAGUUUUUCCCAAGUGAAGGGCACGUUGGACGAUGACGUCACCGAGGCCGACAUAAUAUCGUGCGUGGAGUUCAACCACGACGGCGAGCUGCUCGCGACGGGCGACAAGGGCGGCCGGGUGGUCAUCUUUCAGCGCGACCCCGUCUCGAAGACGGCGCUGCCCAAACGGGGCGAGUACAACGUCUAUUCGACCUUCCAGUCGCACGAGCCCGAGUUCGACUACCUCAAGAGCCUGGAGAUCGAAGAAAAAAUCAACAAGAUAAGAUGGCUCAGGCGAAAGAACCCCGCCCACUUCCUGCUCUCCACCAAUGACAAGACGAUAAAGCUGUGGAAGGUGUCGGAGAGGGAUAAAAGAGUUGAAGGUAAUGAAGCAGGUUACAACACGAAAUCGGAGAGCGGUUCUCUGAUCGACCCGGUCACAGUCAGCGCCCUGCGAGUGCCCAUCAUCAAGCCCAUGGAGCUGAUGGUGGAGGCCUCGCCCCGAAGGAUAUUCGCCAAUGCCCACACCUACCACAUCAACUCCAUCUCCGUUAACUCGGACCAGGAGACGUAUCUGUCGGCGGACGAUCUGCGGAUCAACUUGUGGCAUCUAGAGAUCACCGAUCAGAGCUUCAAUAUCGUCGACAUCAAACCGACGAAUAUGGAGGAACUAACGGAGGUUAUAACGGCAGCUGAGUUCCAUCCUGUCGAGUGCAACCUGUUUGUUUAUAGUAGUAGUAAAGGAACAAUUCGAUUGUGUGAUAUGAGAGCGGCCGCCCUCUGUGAUAGGCAUGCGAAGCUGUUCGAGGAGCCGGAAAGCCCGACCACUAGGAGCUUCUUCUCAGAAAUUAUUUCCAGUAUUUCCGACGUCAAGUUGUCGAACAACGGUCGGUACAUGAUUUCGAGGGAUUAUUUGUCCGUCAAAGUGUGGGACUUGCACAUGGAAUCCAAACCGAUUGAAACCUAUCCGGAUAUAGAACAUUUUUCAACGCAUUUUCAUCAUGUACACUUCAGAACGGAAGAUUUGAUGUUGAAGAAUAGGAUCGUAUUGAGAGAAAGAGCCGAACCCACAAUUUAUAAACUGAGCAAGUAUCGAAAAGAACCUUAUUCUAAUUUAGAACCAACAAGAAACGAAAAACUUGCAGAUAAUGAAAUACAUUUUGAACAUAUUUUGAAAGAAAAAGACUUGAUAAUUGAAUUUUUAGAUCAGAAAUAUUCAAAAAUCCAAGGUUUACAAGUGGAAGAGAGUGAGGAAUUCAGGAAACAAAUAGAAGAUAAAAAUAGAGAGUUGGAAAAUAAGUUAAGGCAAAAAGAUUUAGAUACAAAAGUCAGAGUUAGUAAAAUUCCAAUUUAA